GAAGUUUCAAAGCUGUGACAAAAAAAAGCAUGGCUGCGCUCUUGAGAUCUGCCCGUUUACUUAAGUUUUCACCUUCGGGUUUGCUUCACAUCCCAGGGACCAAAAGAAGCGGGCCGCUCCUCGGUCGGCUGUACAGCGGUGUUGUCGGUGGCAGAAGGACAGGCAUUUGCUUGCGACAGAUCAACCAUGCUUCUGAUAGCGUGUCCCGAUAUGUGUGGCCGCAUGCAGCUGGAUGUGUUCGUAGCUAUGUUGUGGCCUCAGAACAAAAGGAUGAAACCAGCUCUGCACUGAAGUACAAGCAGGCACAGCAGUUUGACUGGGCCCUGAAUAAACUGGAUAACUCUGUGAGGAGGUCGGGUCGCAUCACCAAGACCUUGCUGCUCCACAUCUUCCAUGAUAUAUGCAGGACAGGUUAUCCCAGUGGGAACCAGGCCUUGUUGCUGCUGCGUAGUUGUGGGUCCCUGCUACCUGAAGUCCCGCAGGAGCAAAGGAAUGAGCUGGCCAACCGGAUUUGGGAUAAACUGCAGGAGCUGGGUGCACAGUAUGAUGUUAGUCACUACAACGCCUUGCUGAAGGUUUACCUGCAGAAUGACUUCAAGUUCUCCCCCACUGACUUCAUGGCCAAAAUGGAAGCAGCAAACAUCCAACCCAACAGAGUAACCUACCAGAGAUUGAUAGAUGCUUACUGUCAAAAUGGAGAUAUUGAAGGAGCCAGCACCAUCCUGGGUUAUAUGAAAAGCAAAGAUUUACCCAUCACUGAAGCUGUUUUCAGCGCUCUGGUGACGGGUCAUGCCCGUGCAGGCAACAUUGAAAGUGCUGAACAUAUUCUGCCUGUGAUGCGGGGAGCUGGAAUUGAACCAAGUAUUGAGACGUAUUUGUCGCUGCUGAAUGCGUAUGCUGAGAAGGGCGAUCUGAACAAUAUGAAAAAGACUCUAGAGGAAGCAGAGCGCGAAGACUGCAUUCUGAUGGAUCGGGACAUCAUGGAGGUCAUUUGCACUCUGGCCAAGGCCGGACAGCAGCAGCACAUACCAGAGAUGAUAGAACGGCUGAGGCAUGAAAGGGGUUUUAUUCCAAAUGCCAUGAACUUGUGUCUGAACCUCAUCACCCAAGGACAGGAAGAUGUAGCUUUUAUUAUCCUUAAGCUUUUCCCCACUCCAAAUUCAAACGACUCCCCCCAAAACACGGGAAACUUCUUCCUCAAACACUGCAUCAACGCUGGCACGCCUCUGACGAAGAUUGUCCGCUACUGCAAUGAGCUUCUGGAGUUGAAUUUGCACAAAUCACCACUCACCUUCACUCUGUCCGCCGCUCUGGAGGCCAAUAAAACUGGUAUAUCUUUUGAGCUGAUGGAGGUACUAAAGGAGCAGAACUUUCCUAUAAGGCCUCAUUACUUCUGGCCCCUUCUCACUCAUAAACUGAAGGAAAACAAUAUAGAUGGUAUUCUAGAGGUGAUCAGAGGCAUGGAAAAGUUAGGUGUGAGCCUUGACUCUGAAACUUUAUCCAUGCACAUCCUCUCUGCCUUCCCCAACAUGGAGGUGGCUCGUCAAGCCCUCAAGAAUGCAGGUGUAUCGGUGGAUUCUGAGAACUAUUUGACCGCAGAAAUUCGCAAGAUGGCUGUGACUGACCUGGCCAAAUUGUACACCAUGUUGUCGGAUCCUUCUUUCCCCCAGUUGGACCUCAUGACUUUCCGCGGCAGCCUUUUAACAGCCUUCAAAAAGGCAGGAAAACUCACCCAAGGCGGAGCUCCAAACUUUAGGGACUUUGUUGGAGAACGCCUGCUUCUAUUCCAGUCAGUGUGGGAGCAGCGGCCAACAUCUGUGAGACCCGAGGAAAACCUUCAGACACUCAGCAUCAUGGGCCUCUUCAGCUUCCUGAGCGCCAUCAUCACCAGAACCUUGUUCAUCCUCGUCUCUCUGGUCGGUGUCUGGAGGGUGGCCUAUGUGAAGGAAAGCCACUACUACUGGUUUCUGACUUUUCUCUUCCUGCCGCUUGUUGUUGAAAUGAUCAUAACUCUGAAGAACCAGGACGGGAAGGAUUACAAAUGGUUUUCUCCAACAAUCUUCCUGUUCCUCAUAAGCAUCAUCCCCUCCAUCUGGAUCCUGGAGCUUCACCACCAGCAGAAUAAAGCAGCAGACAACAAGUGCAACUACUCGGAUCCCUUGGAGCGUUUAAGCAAAAUUAUCAAGCCAAAUUCAACGUUAGAAAACAUCACUUUCCCCGGCUUGUUUAAGAACAUUACAAUUCCCCAUAACAUCUAUAAAGGGAUUAAGAACAUUCUGGAGUCUUAUAACAGCUUCGCGCUCAUCAAGGAUGUGAUGGCUUUAGUGGACCCACAAGAAAGAACAACCCAGGAGUUUGCGUCAGAAGAACGCCAAAGUCCAUACUCAGUGAACCAGGUACGUGGACAUGUUUUGGCUCUUGAGAAAAAAAUGGCUGAACUGAAAGCAGAAAACCAACCGUAUGGCGCCUUUCUCAAACAAGCCAUCAUAUAUCUGUGUGCUGAGAAGAACCUGGAGUAUGCGCUUGAGCUGAAGCAGCAACACGAAGAGCAGAUGACAGUCGAGAAUUACGCUGCUCUCGUCGACCUGUGCUGUUUCAAAAACAAUGUGGAGGAGGCGCUCAACCUAAAGAGGGAGAUGAGUCAAAAGGACUCAUCAUUUUUACUGGAUAAUGAUAAAUACAUCAGACUGGUCAAGACACUCGCCCUGAAUGACAAAGUUGAGGAAGCAGUGGACAUCCUGAAGGAGGUGAAAGAGAAUGGGCUGGUGUUCACUAGCUCCCAAUUGAUCGGCGUCUUUCACAUGCUUACCGCAGUAUCAAUCGAGGGCGAUAUAUCCACCGUCCGCCAUCUACUGGACACCAUCGUCACUCUUGGACUGGCAAACCCCACUUCCAGUCUCUACUCACCAAUAGUUAGGGCUUUCCUGAACAGAGGCGACUUGACCGGCGCUCUCGAAGCAAUCCUGGAGUUUCACAAGCUCUACAACAAGAUGCCGUGCGUCCAUGACCUCGCUGUUGCUCUGGUGGAGAAAGGAGACACCGAUUUACUACAAAAAGCCAUGGACUGUAUUAGUCAUGAGGUUGGGGAGAUGACCAUGCUGUACUAUCUGUUCUUCGCCUUCCUGCAAACAGGCCGUUACCGUGAAGCUCGCAAAAUCAUUGAGACCCCUGGGCUGAGGGCAAAGUCUGGAAGCUUUCAUUGGUUUGCAGAGAGAUGUAUUUUUAAAAAACAGAUGAAGCCCUUGGAGCAGAUGGUGGAGGUGACAGCCAAGCUGUUUGAGUCUGACAGAGAUGAGAUGUACAGCUACAUCUUAAAACUCUGCAAGGAGACAAAUGACUGGCAGAAGGCAGAAGCCACAUGGACAAAGAUGCAGGAAGAGAAUGUGAUUCCCAGGGAGAGGACCCUGUGUUUGCUGGCAGAUAUCCUGAAGAGUAAUGGUCAGGAGGUGCCGUUUGACGUGCCUGAGUCGUGGUACGAUCAAGAGACCAGCACCAUACAGCAGGUCAAGUCACAUCCGAACUACUUGAAAGUAGAAGAUGGUACUAAUUACAAUAACCGUCUGCUGGCUCUUUGUAAGAAGGGCAAUGCCAAAGAAGCAUUCAGUUUGAUAACAAAGAUGAAUCAAAGGGGUGCGAUCCCAUCCAUCGUCGUGUAUGAUGUCCUGAUCCGGUCUCUGUUGGCUGAAGGAUCCAUCGAGGACGCCUUUACCGUCCAGAAAAUGGCCACGUCCCAAAUGCCAAGCUUCAAGCUGAGCGAUGCCGCCAACAGUUUGCUCAUCGUCUCAUACAGCGUUAAAGGCCAGGUCAAAGAGGCAAUGGAGACGAUGAAAUCUAUGCUUCAGAUGAAUGCUGUCCCCUUGACUGUGGCCAUCACCAAGCUGGUUCAGGCCCUCCGUAACAUCGGCAGCGUGGCAGAAAUUCAAGAAUUGGAAUCACUAAUUAAGCAAUUUGGCAUAACACAGAACCUGUCGAGCAUGUUCUUUGUCAAUAACAUUGCUCUGUCACACAUCAACAAUGGUGAUUGUGAUUCAGCGGUAGAGCUGUUGGAAGGAAUCUUCACAAAUCCAGAGGGCUCACACUCCGGCAUAAAAUCUGUCUUUGGAAAGGUCAUAGAAUCUGGCAACGACGAGGCUUUAGACAAGUUGAGUGCUAUGGCAGAGCGGCUAGCAAACCACUUUUCCUGCUGGAGACCAUUGUCAGAUCUCUUUUUGCAGCUGAUCGAUAACAACGAAGUGGAGAAGGCCAAACACCUGCUGGCUCGCUGCACAGGUCUGUCCGAACAGAGCGACGCGUUCAUGGCCUUUGUGGCUUUUAAAGCUAAGCAUCCCGGACAGGUUGAAAAGAUCAAGGCCCUGGUGAGCCUGGUCCCAGAGUUUGCGGAGAAAGAGAUUCUGAACGCGUACAUCCUGAAGGCUCACAUUCAAGACAAAGACCUGACCUCGGCCAAGGCUUUGUACGAGCAGACGUUGAAGGACGGGAUCGCCAUGGACAAGCUGUCACUCAAACGACUGGCUGUGCUUUACCGUGAAUGUGGAGAGAGCGUGCCCUUCUCUGAGCCCCCUGAGACCUUCAAGUUUUACGCAAACAUGCUGAAAGAGAAAGUUGACAAAAGCCAGGCAAAGGAAUAAAAUUUAAAAAAGCAACACCUCUCCAUUCCUUCAAUCAGAUCCCUCCUGUUUUUGUUCCUUUCUCUCUUUUUUAUUCGAGUUUGACGUAAAAUGUUGAAUGUUGUGUUGUAACUCUUGCUGUUUAGACUUUUCCCUGUAAUGACCUGGACAACGAUGUUGAGAAUGUACAGGAGUAUUUAUGCUAAUAAAUGAUGAGUACGU